AUGUCGUUGCCGCCGCGCGUGCCAUCCACGGCCUCCACUUUACACGUGACAGCGUCUGACAUCAGUCUGUUCAGUCGCUCGGACGACGAGGUCGCCAGCGCGGGGGAAGACGACGGGAUGGCGGUCGUGGACGAGCAAUUGGCGGUGCGGACACUGGUGAGCGAGCAGCAGCAAGGAGAUGAGGGUGAAACACUGGGCCAGGAGCUGCUGGAGGCGCUGCGCUUAGGCACCAGCAACUUCCUUCUGGCCUAUAACACACGUGCAGGCAUCGCGGCCUUGUUGCGUCUGCUGAAGCUGCUGCAACGACGCGACUGGAAGGCAGCGGUGGAUCUACGGCAGUUGCUUGACGAAAAGCACCUCAACUUCCGCGUGGACGCCGUGCGACUUGGUCUCUUCUUGGGCUGGUUCACAGGCGGCUACAGAGGCCUCAGGGCUCUACUGCCCGUGGUUCUGCGACGAAUUCUGCCCAAAAAGCAGCUUCAGGACAAGCAAAAGCUUAAGGAGAUCUCAGCCCUUGGGUCUGGAGCCAUUGCAGCGCUAGCUCUGGGUUUUGUGGAUGCAAAGCGACGUCGCUCUCUAGGUCUGUAUGCGCUUACGAGAGCGCUGCAAUGUGGCUACAACACGGCAAAGAGGCAAGAGCGCUGGCACUUCUGGGGCAGUGACUGGCAGUACGGCGACGCGCUGCUGUUUGCUCUCUCAAGUGCACAGGUCAUGUACGCCUACGUCAUGAGACCAGCGACGCUGCCCUCCGAGUACUUCAGAUUUAUCCAGCGGACUGGUCCAGUGGAGCUGGAGACACUUGAACUGGUGCAACAAGUGAACCGAAGCCUUCCAGUUAGCGCUGUUACACUCCAGAAAUUGAUCAACCGGAAGCCAGGGAUUCCGAAGGACUUCCCGUUGCCUACAGAUAUCGUGCCGUGCAGACUUCUGCAUGCAAACGCUGACUCGUGUGCGGUGGGAGCGUUUCUGAGCUUCAAACGCGCCUUCCAAAAGACCUUCCCGCUGUAUCUAUCCCUCUUCAUUGUGCCAGGUGUGGUCAUCCACUUCAAGCGCUUCUUGCGUGCACCGUUCCGCACUCUAGCGCGCUCGACGUUGAACGCCACACGGUCCAACUGCUUCCUAGCGUCCUUCGUGACGCUCUAUUUGUCUCUCGUGUGCAUGCACCGUCGCGUUGUCAGUAAGGACCACCGCUUCAUCUAUUAUUUAGCGGGACUCGGAGCCUCGCCGACUAUUCUCCUCGAACCAAAAAGCCGACGCUCCGAAUUGGCGCUCUACGUGCUGCCACGCGCUCUGGACAGCUUAGCGAUGAUCCUGCAUGACCGUGGAGUCUGUUCGGGCUUCAAAUACGGCGAGGUUGCCCUUUUCUCGGCUUCAAUGUCCAUAAUGAUGUAUUGUUAUGAGCACGAGAAGGAGUCCAUGAGUCCGUUCCUGUACAGCACCAUGAAGCGCUUCAUGCAGACGUCAACUGACAAAAAACAACAGUACGCGGCCUCUCUCGAGCAGAAAGAGAGACGCCUCUCACAGUCGAUUCCAAUGGCUCCUGCUUCUACAUCCAAGUGA